AGUGUGAGUGGCGUGUGAUUGCUGGCAGGGCGCAGCUGGGUUUUGGGCCUGGUCUCCAGAAGCAGUUCUUUGCAGACGGUCCCUGAGGCUGGAGUCUGGAGCAAUGAACUGCCAUGGGGUGGACCCCCUGCUAGACCUCUGCCUGCUUUGUAUGACUAGAGAUAUUUCGCGGUACGAGUCGGACGUCGGGCCUCUCCCGCCAAACUUAAAAGACAAGAUCAUAAAACUUCUAAGCCUGCAGGGUCAUAUCACCGACUCCAACAUCAGUCAGGUUCUGCAUCCCUCGGUGAGGAAGCUUGACCUGCGCGACUGUGACGUGUCUGACAGCGCCCUGCGGGUGAUAUCCCGGUGCAAGCAGCUCAAAAAGAUUAAUUUAGGUUCCUGCAAAGGGGAAGAAAGGACGUCUAUUACAUCAGAAGGUAUCCAAACCCUGGCUGUCUCGUGCUCUGACCUCUUGGAAGUCUCUCUAAAGCGAUGCUGCAACCUGAGCGAUGCCGGGGUCCUGGCUCUUGCCCUGAAUUGCCCCCUUCUGCAGAUCGUUAAUUUAGGCGGCUGCUCGGCCAUCACCGACCAAUCUCUGCGGGCGCUGGGUCGCCAUUGCGCCCGCCUGCACAGCGUGGACUUCUCUGCGACGCGGGUCACAGACGAUGGGGUCCUUGCACUAGUGAGCGGCAGAUGCUCCCAGACUUUAAAGGAAAUCCACAUGGAUCGCUGCGUGAUGUUGACCGAUGAAGCCGUGGAGGCCGUCCUCACCUGCUGUCCGCACGUAUAUAUCCUCCUGUUCCACGGCUGCCCCCUGGUCACAGAUCGCUCACGAGAAGCCUUGGAGCAGUUGGUUGGACCAAACCAAAUAAAGCAAGUUACCUGGACAGUUUACUAAUCUUCCGAUUCCUCCUUUUAUUGUUAUAUUGGUUCGAUCCGGUGUCACUGAGAAUAAUAACAACCGCUUAUAUGUUAUGUAAAGUAAAAUGCAAUAGAAUUUUGGGUCCAUUUUUGGAAUAUUUCACUUCUGUGUCAAAAUAAAUUAAAAAUGUGGACUAUAUAAACUGCUUUGUGCUGUAGAAUAUGGACUAGCCUUAUUGGCAAUAAAUUCACGUUUCAGUUAUUAUAAA